GUUGUCCGACAAAGAAGAGCGGGUGUGCAAAGACUGUUUGCCAAUAGCUGCUGCACGAGUCUUGGCACGUUCGGUGGCGACCUCCGUGAUCGACACGGCCUGCAAGUAUGCAGAUCACUGUCUGCGAGUCUCUGCCUUCUUGGAAGAUCCUGAAGCCAUACCGCUGUACGAGGCCAACAAUGUUGACACUGUCCAGGAGAAGCUCUGGCGAGCUGGGGGCUUCGCGGUGGAAGGCGCCCGUCGUGCCGCGCCUCUGCUGUCCCUUCCCUGGGCGCUUGGGGUCCGGGCUGUGGAUGUGGUAUGGAAUUAUGGUCAGUAUGGCAUAUUGGGCUUCCUGCUGCGCGAAGAGAUCAUGCAGGGUAUCAAAACCUUGCUGAGCUUCAGCUCCGCGUUGCAAGACAUUCCACCCAAAGACUUGCUAGUAGGGAUCCUCUACCUGAGUGCCGAGCAAAGGAAGGCCAUGCGAGAUGCCCCGGAAGAGAACCGCCGACUGGCCGGGCAAACUGGCAAGCCGGUUCCACCCGAGUUGCUGGAAGCGCUCAUCGGCAUGGCUUUGAUAGGAACUUACGCGCCCUAUCAUGACACCCCCUACGAAGUACAGCGUUUUGCCCUGCAGCAAGACUGGCGGUUGGUAACUGAGAGACUUGGCGACAGCUGGAAGCACAGGCCUGCCUGGGCUCUUUUCAUCAGCGAGCAUCGCACCGCGGCGCUUUCGAUUCGGGGCACGGAUGUCGAACAGUCCUGUGGUGGAGAUCUCUUCACGGAUUUCGAUGCCGUGCCAGCGAAGUACGAGACUUCCGACGGGUCUGCCACGCUGAUGGCACACAGUGGUGUUCUUGCAGCGGCCGUUGCAUUGGAAGUUGAGCUGCGCCCCACGCUGCGAAAGCUGGCGACUGCAGGCUACCGCAUAGUGCUGACUGGCCACAGUUUGGGGGGUGGUGUGGCAGCCCUUUUGACCUGGCUGUUGCGUCAUGGCACUGGCGGAGAGCGCUUACCUCCAGGCUUUGAGGGCCAGGCGCUGGGAAUCGGGUAUGCGACGCCUUCCAUUGUGGACUGGAAGACAGCACAGGAGAUGAAACCUUUCUUCACUUCAGUGGUCAACUCGAUGGAUAUCGUGCCGCGCCUGAGCAAUGGCACGCUGACCCAUCUGAGUUCGGAAAUUCGAGCUUGUGCCGAAGAAAGCGGAGCUGCUUUGGAUGAGGAUGUGCAGCAUUAUGUAGAGCGACUCACCAGCGUCUGGGCUCCCCGCUUCCGAGAUGGCACGCCGCUGCGCGAUCUCCCAAGUGCACUGCGAGAACACAACCACUCCCAUGAACCUGGAGAGGUCUGCAUGUCAGAAACUGCUGAAGGCGCAGGCAAGGCGACGGAGGAUUUGCAACUCGCCUCUGACAUGUAUGUCCCCGGAAACGUCGUAUGGAUCCACCGAGUUUGCGGGCAUCUGGAAGCCGCCGUUGUCCCAUGUGGCAUCAAACCACUUCGCAGACUCGUGCUGGACAAGCGGAUGUUCGUGGAUCACACAGCGCAGGCGAUACACCAGGCGUUGCUGGCUGUGCAGUCCAGAAGGUCUAUGUCAUCCCAGGUGUCUUGGCAAAGAUUUGCAGAUGCUGGGGAGAGAUGUCCGUGCUGUGGGAGCCGCUACGAGUGGCUGAACACAGCACGAAGUGGCAAGAUGAGAUGUCAUGCCAUGACUAACUGCCGACUCUGCGGUUUGGUCGUCUGCCUGGGUUGCGCGACCGCGCGGCGCUCCAUCCCGGAGCUUUGCAUUGAGUCAGCCCGCAUCUGUGACAGAUGCGCCUGGCGCUGUGACAGUGGCUCGCUGCAAAGCCUGCCCGAAAUCUUCCAAUCCGUGGCGCAGUAG